ACCAGACCGUGCGCGCGUGCGUGUGUGUGAGAGAGAGAGGAGUGCUGUGUGUGUGUGUGUGUGUGUGUGUGUGUGUGUGUGUGUGAGUGAGUGAGUGUGUGUGUGUGUGUGUGUGUGUGUGUGUGUGUGUGGCGUCUGUCUGCCUCUCCACAUCUUCACCGAGGCUUAGAGGUGGAUUUUUUUUUCUAAAGCAGGGAUUAUCGCAAUAAGGAGGGUGAAAAGGGGGGAAAACAUGGCAGUUAUUAUAGCACGAGGAAGGUGUGUCAGCGAUUAGCAUCAUCAGUGUCGAGACAAAAAAAAAAUCCAUCUCUUCAUCUUCAUCAUUCCCAUGGGUUGAUCGAUCCUAUGGUAUCGAGAAAAAAAAAGAAAAAAAGACUGCAUUCAUACACACCCUCGGAUUAAAUAUCGGACGAUAUUUUUCCAUUGAAAAAAAAAACAGAAAAGAAAAAAACAAAACCACGACGUUUGGCUUAAAUUUCCGGGUUUCACCGGUAACGAGCUCGAAACCGAAGCCAACUCCUCCCUCUCCUCCCGGUUUUCUCACCUCCUCCCACCCCCAUCCCCCCUCCUCUCUAUGCUCAGCUCGGUGUGCGUGUCGUCGUUCCGAGGGCGCAAGGCGGGCAACCAGUCGUCCAACAAGGCAUGCGGGAGCGCCGACAUGCCGUGCCCGGCGGACAGCGAGCGCAUCGUGAUCAACUGCGGCGGCGUGCGCCACGAGACUUACCGCAGCACGCUGCGCACGCUGCCCGGCACGCGCCUCGCGUGGCUCACCGAGCCCGACGCGCCCAACAACUUCGACUACGAUGCGGCGGCCGACGAGUUCUUCUUCGACCGGCACCCAGCCGUGUUCGCCUUCGUGCUCAACUACUACCGCACCGGUAAGCUGCACUGUCCGGGCGACGUGUGCGGCCCGCUCUUCGAGGAGGAGCUCGCCUUCUGGGGCAUCGACGAGACGGAUGUGGAGGCGUGCUGCUGGAUGAACUACCGGCAGCACCGCGACGCCGAGGAAGCGCUCGACAGCUUCGAGACACCCGAACCGGACCCUCCGGACGAUGACGCCGCGCUCGCUGGAGGAGCGGACGGAGACCUGCGGCGUCUCUGCUUGCACGAGGACGGGCGCAAAGUGGGAUGGUGGCGCGUGUGGCAACCCAAAAUCUGGGCGCUUUUCGAAGACCCUUAUUCUUCCAAAUACGCACGGUACGUGGCGUUCGGCUCGCUGCUCUUCAUCCUCAUCUCCAUCUCGACGUUCUGCAUGGAGACGCACGAGGCGUUCAACACCAUCUACAACCGGACGGAGAACGUGACGGUGGGCAACGUGACGCGUGAAGAGACCUUCUACGAGGUGGUGACGGACAGGUGGCUGAUGUACGUCGAGGGCGUGUGCGUGGUAUGGUUCACCUUUGAAGUGUUCACGCGUGUCAUCUUUUGCCCGGACAAGGCAGAGUUCUUCAAGAGUGCGCUGAACAUCAUCGACUUUGUGGCCAUCCUGCCGUUCUACCUGGAGGUCGGUCUGAGCGGCCUUCCGUUCAAGGCGGCGAAGGACGUGCUGGGCUUUCUGCGCGUCGUGCGAUUUGUCCGUAUCCUGAGAAUCUUCAAGCUCACUCGGCAUUUCGUUGGGCUUCGUGUGCUGGGUCACACGCUUCGCGCCAGCACCAAUGAGUUUCUCCUGCUCAUCAUCUUCCUUGCCCUUGGAGUGCUCAUAUUUGCCACCAUGAUCUACUACGCCGAGCGCAUCGGUGCCAAUCCCGACGACCCCACGGCCAGUCAACACACCAGUUUCAAGAACAUCCCCAUCGGUUUCUGGUGGGCCGUGGUCACCAUGACGACGCUGGGGUAUGGUGACAUGUACCCUCACACGUGGUCAGGCAUGUUGGUUGGCGCUCUGUGCGCCCUGGCUGGCGUGCUCACCAUCGCCAUGCCUGUGCCCGUCAUCGUCAACAACUUCGGCAUGUACUACUCGCUGGCCAUGGCCAAGCAGAAGCUGCCCAAGAAGAAGAAUAAACACAUCCCGCGAGCCCCACAGCCCGGUUCGCCCAACUACUGCAAGCCUGAUGCCCUGGCUAUGGCCACUGCCUCGCCUCAGAGGAUCCUGGGUAACGUUCUGGGCAGGGUCAUGGGCUCAGGCGGACUCACUGGAGACUGUCCUCUAGCGCAGGAGGAGAUCAUAGAAAUAAACAGAGACUCAAAGCAGAACGGUGACGCAUCGAGCGCGGCGCUGGCUAACGAGGACUGUCCCACCAUAGACCAGGUGCUGAGUCCUGACGAGCGCAGUCCGGUGGGGCGAACACGUGAGCGCUACCAGCAGGACCGAGCCUGCUUCCUGCUCAACACGCGCGAGUUCAGGCCCGCAGAAUCUAAUGUCCGGAAAGGUUGUGUCAUAUCACGCGUUUGCCGCCAGUGCAGUGCCAGUAUUUCUUAGGUGUGACUGUAGUGUUAAGUUUCUAGCAUUCACCGAUUCUUUAAAGAAGACACAGUUAGGUGUUGUUUUCUGAGUUUACGGACGAAGGCGCAUCAUCCUGAUGCGACACUUGAGGAAUGUUGGUGUGACGAGAGGAAUUGCCCAGAAAGACACGGAAAAAUGUAAACGUCUGAGGCUGGAUCUUCACACAGUAACCAAAGCAACCUCUUGGAAUUCUGGACCCAUUCCUUGUUCUACCGAAAGAUUUCUUAAUACUGCGAGACACUGGGCAUUCCAAUCUGAUUGGGAGAGAAAAGUGACAAAAAUAUUCCGAACAAAAACAUUCCAUAACGCUUUGUGUCUGCCGUACAAGAUGAAAACACCAGAAGCUCUAACUGCCGUGCUAAUCCGCGGCAUGGAGCUCUGAGUGUGCAUUAUUCUACGUUUGAGAAUGAUGGACCAAGCUAGAUUAAUCAUGUAGCAUCUCUGCUAACCCUUUGUAGCAUUUGUUGGUGGAGAAUCCUCUAACAAUUUUUAGAGACUUUGAUAUUCAUUCAACGGUUUGCACACACUGACUAAUAAUGACUUAGUCACGCACAAACCUUUAUCAUUUUAGCAUUCCGGAAGAACGUGUCGUCAGCAUAUUGUCCUGUGUAGUCGUGGUAUUUUUUAUGUUAUAUGUUUAUUUAUUUUGUAUAGAAACCCCCGUACCUUGUACACGUAUACAUUCCUGUUUCAGUUUUACGACUUGGACUCAUUUUAUGAUAUGGGUUGCUAUUCUGACAUGAGUCUUCCAUUCUUUUCCAUUGGUUCAGAAAAGGCAACUUAUAAUCAUUUAGUCCACCAAACCAAAGCCCUCCACCGAGACCAAAUAAAGUCAGAGAUUGGUUCCUUAGUUAAAGUCUGUAUUGUGAACCAACAAGAUUCUCCCUUUACAUGCACAUAGGUUAUCAGGUGUAGCAGGAGAGCUAAUGCCCUUAAAAGCCUCUGCCAAGCUUAUUAGCAGCAUGGCGGUCUUUCUCUGAGAAGGCCCAUUCGUAAUUCCCUUCCUUGAAUGUCUUUGUUUGAAACUGAUACUUGAUUUUUAAAAAAAUAUAUAAUAAUUUUAGUAGUAGAGCUAAAGCUGCCAUAGUGAAUCCAUGUGAACAUCGUCAACACUUGACUGACACACUGCCACAUCAUCGACGACUGCUCGGACCAAUAACGUGUGCAUGCUAACCUUUUACCUUUUUAGAGAUGAUUUAGGCGUACAGAGGUCUUAAAGGUGGUAUUCUCCCUUUCGCUCUGUCUUUAUGUCCUCCAUCAUGGAAAUUUGUCUUCAAGGAGAUUGGUACUUCCAUUAAAAAAAAAUAAUAAUAAUGGAGGACAAAUGUACAAAGUAGAACAAAUAUAUAUUUUGAUAAGUGGGUGGGAGGAAUAAAAGAAGAGCAGUUGUGCACAAGAAUCACCCAAGGAAACAACAAAACUGCAUCUGGGAAUUGAAAAAAAAAAAAAAAAAAAAAAGACCAA